AAAACUCACACACACAUGCGCACGCUCCUGGCACACUCCCCCCUACCGCCACCAGCAUCCCCCGCGCAGAUCCUCGCAGCCGGCCCGGCCCGGCCCCGCCCCGCCCCGCCCCGAGAGCACCCUGAAGGCGGAGACGCUGCGCCCUCCCGCACCCGCCUCGCCACCGCCCGGGACCGCCCGCCAGGGCAUGAAGCUGGAGUCUGCCCUCUGGGAGGGAGUAAGACGGACGUGGCAUCGCACGGCUACGGACCAGUUCCUCAUGUGGGUUCCGUGCUUUGCGGCCCCAUCCGCGCUGGGAUGGAGGCGUCUGGUCGCUACCGGCGGCAGCUUCCUAUCGUGCUGCUUUGGGUUAAUGGUCUAAUGACGCUUGGAUUAGCAGGUGUGCAUCAACAGAUUAAUCUCUGCAAUGAAUCUCUCAUGUUAGAGAAGUUGCCUGCCUGUGGAAGGUUCUUUGAAGAGAUGAUGAAGAAAGUGGACUCCAAAAAAUGGUGCAACCUGACAGAAUUUAUCAUGUAUUAUAAUAACUUUACCCAGUGCACAGAACGUGAAGCCAACAGUGCAAGUUGCUUUUGGCCAAACCCCCUUGCAGAGAGCUUUAUCACUGGAAUUCAUAAACAAUUCUUUUCAAACUGUACUUUGGACAACGUUCACUGGGAAGAUCCACCAGAUGAAAUUCUCAUAACUCUGAUCUUUAUUCCAGUCAUGUUAACAUCUGUCAUGAUAAUGCUUGUAGUAUGGUGCAGUAAGAGAAGUGAUAUCCUGGUGUAAGUUGUUCACCAUGGCUUUCUUUUUAGCAUUUCCUUCUUUCAGAAAACAAAAAACAAAAAACACCUAAGAAAGGAGAAUGAAAAAAGAAACUUGAUGUAAAAAUUUCAGAUCUGUAGAAAUGAAACCUGUGAGAUGCUGUGACAGAGAUGAUGCUUCUGUGAACAAACAGCUGCUUGCUUCUGCCGGAAUUCAGUGCUUCUGAGGUUGCUGGUGCAAAGCUUUUCACAUUUUCACAUCAAAGCUUUGUCACUGGGUCUCAUAAUCAUAGAAUUCAUGGGCAUUUCUCAGAAUUAAGGUAGUCCCCAGGCAGGUGGGCCCCUUCACUGCAAAAAAAGGUAAAGUUACUUUCACAUACAUAAAGCUGGUUGGUAAACUGUAUGUAAGUGUAUAUAUACACAGUGUAGCAUUAACUGUGAGGAAGGUGUUAUCUCCCGAGUUUCUGUGCAGGACUCUUGAGUUUUUCAUCUGUGAACCUUGUAACACAGAUGGGAGACCAAUGGCAAAGGAGCUGAACAUGGAUGGGUACCCAAGUGGCAACUUCUUCUGAAAGUCAGUUAAAAACAUCAUUAUCAAGAACUGGAAAUAUUGUCUUGGCAAAAGGAACGAUUAAUGUGUCCAGUGCAACACAGGAAAAAGUCAUGCUGCAUUAUGAAAUAGCUUAGGAAAUGCCUUUGAGCAUAAUUGGAAUUGUGUGGCUUACAGACAAACUCUGGAAAGAAUACAGAUCUUACUUUAAAGAAAAUCUGUGAGAGGAAAAUGGUUGAUUAUAAGUACAUGAGGAAAGAAACUUUCAUAUACCAGACUAUAUUUCUCUUUUAUAAUUAUUAUACUUGAUGACUUGAGUUCACUGUAUACUCCCUGCUCUCAAUUUGUGCAAGUGACAUCCUUCAAAUAAAUAUAAAGUUGUGAUGUUGUACCUUUUAGAGGGUAAUUUUGUACAUAAUUCGUUUUUCAUCCUGUGAAGAGUGUGGGAAUUGAAGUAUGGAUAUCAAAGAGGUAUGAACAUAGCUUGGAACAGACAUAGGAGGAAAGAGAAGAAAAAUCUACUCAAAAGUCUUAUUCUAUAAAGCUAUCCCUAUGUAACAAUUUAAAUAAACAUCAUAUGCCCAAAAUAAAACAAAUUCCUUGUUUGUGUUAAUAAAUAUUUAUUUUCUUACAUUUCACUAAAUGCCUUCCAGUCAAAAGCCCUUGCAUUAUAUGUAAAUAAAGUCUGUUACAAAUAACUGUUCAUUUUACUAUACAGUAUGCAGACAAAUAAAAUAUAGCUUGAAUGGCAAA